UUUUGGAAGUACACAUUCUGUUUGUAGAUAACAAUCUACCAUGUUUACAAAGGAAAGACACUGCUCCAAGACCAGGGCUACAGCUAAAGAUGGACCAGGCUCCAUCGUGUCACCUCUCACUGCUCCUCCUGCUUGUUUUAAAUCUAACAGGUGCGUAUGGGAAAAGAAUUAUCGGGGGUUUGGAGGUAUCCCCCCACUACUCUAUCAAGUAUCAGGCCUCCCUCCUGUUCAGAAACUACCACUUCUGUGGAGGAACCCUCAUCCACCCACAGUGGGUGGUGUCUGCUGCCCACUGCUGGAGACCGACUCACAUGAUCAAAGUGGUGCUCAAUGACCACAACAUCAUGAAGAAGGAGGGCUUUGAGCAAAUGUUCAAUGUUUCCAAAGUUAUCAGGCAUAGCCAGUACCGGCCCUGGACUUUUGACAAUGACAUCAUGCUGCUUAAGUUGGACCGUCCAGCUGUCAUCAACGCCAUGGUGGAGCCGGUCUCUUUUCCAGAUCCAAACUCACCGCCUUUGGACGGCAGUGUCCGGUGCACGGUGAGCGGCUGGGGCGUGACCUGGCUCAACAGCUACCAAUUGUCCCCUGUGCUUCGGUAUGUGAACGUGGACAUCUUCUCCAACUGCUGGCGCUACUACUACUUCAGGAUCACAAAGAACAUGGUGUGUGCUGGCUCUGUCACUGGAGGGAAAGACUCCUGUCAGGGUGACUCUGGAGGACCUCUUGUUUGUGAUGGUAAAUUUGAAGGCAUUGUAUCAUGGGGAAUUGGCUGUGCCUAUGCUUACUACCCAGGUGUCUACACCAAGGUCAGGAACUACCUCAGCUGGAUCAACAGAAAUAUCCAGACCAGCUAAAACGAAUCUAUAAGACAAGCUCAACCUGAAACUUCACUGUGAUGCGAAAACAAAUGGAUCCUAAUGGACUUUGAAAGCCUGGAUGUACUUUUUCUUAUGUUUUUUUUUAAAUAUAAAACAUGACUUUGUGAAGAUAUUAAAGCACACACAAGCAAAAACAUACAGUGAUGUGACUUUUUUCCAUAUCACAUAAAACAGAAGACUGACCUUUUGAUGGACCUAAAUGAACAUUUCAUUGUAAAGCUUUAUAGCUGUGUUUUUAGUGUUGCCAGAAGUGACAUAAUAACAAUACUCAUUACAGGAAUUGCUCUGUUGAAGCUUCCUGGGCAGCAAGUUUCUAUUCUUUCCAAGCUAAUCAGUGAAACGAAAGUGCAACUUUGUUGAACCAACAAAACCCAAAGACUCUUUAUUUAUCACCAGAAAUAAAACAACAGUAUCAAAUCCUCUUUUAAAUUUAAAGCUGGGGCAAAAAAAAGGUUUGUCUAAUUUUCAAAAUAAGAGUAAUUCCAUUUCUUACAAAAAUGGUAUCAGCUUUAUAUUGCAGCAAUAAAAAAAAAAACCAUGUCUUCACUGACUUCAAGGACAAAGAGGAGAGGGACUUGACAAUA